UUUUGCGCAGUUUCUAUGAGUUAUGCUAGAGAGGAUGGUUCGAAAGCAACAUUCGAGAGAGACGAGCUUAAUGACUUGCGGAGUAGAGCUUUACUGAUGGUCAACUCUAGAGUGUCUCAUCAAACCGAGGGUCCAGAAGGAGAAAAGAGAGAGAAUAUGUCCAGCCUACUUCAGAAAUUCAUUUGUUGUGUAGACGAAGCUAAUGAGAUCGUUGAGCUUUGCUCAGGACUAGCAAAUGCGGGUCACUACCAUUUCAAGAGCUUUCAAGAAGAUGUGUCUGGUGUAGAAAGCCUUCUGCUCCUAAAGCAGGAUUUGAAGACAGAAUACUCUCAGUGGAAAAAACUUCUUGAAAAAGGCAGGCAGGAGCACUUCUUCUUGAACUUCUACCACUCGAAGCAGCUAUGGAUGCUUGACCAGUAUUUCAGGGGUGAGAUUGAUAACAAUGCCGACAUUGUUAAUCUUUUUCACUACGUGAGCCCUGAAAUAAGUGUGGACAGUGAAUUAAUACAGCAUUAUGAAGAACCGGAAGACACUGUAAAUGCCGAGGCUCGGCUAUUCCAGACAGGCAAAGCUUUGGAUAAGAUCUUUUCCAACUUACUGUGUGAGCCAAGAGAUAUAAAAUGCCUGAAACCGAGCCUUAAAGCUUCCGUUGACAACACAGUUCAACCUGGUAACGUGUACGUAGCGGAGUUAGACACUAAGAGCACAAAGUCCAUUCCAGUCCUAAUGACUUUGCUACAGAGCACAACAGGGAAGUACCCUCUGGCAAACCAAGUUUUAUUUUGCCACCCAGAGACUAGUUGGAAAGAAGUUUAUCUCCUGCUGCAAAGAUGUCGUAAAGCAUCACAGAGAAAGUCUCAUGACCUAUAUGCACUCAUCAACGUCGAGCAACUGACAACUGAAGUGCAGUUAAUGUUGGUGGAUGAAGUGAAGGAACUCCAGCAGAAUGACAGAUCCUUUCUGCUAGCUAUCAUCUGUCGAGGAGGAUGCCACCACCAUAUCAUUGACCAGUUUUCUCCUCACUUCACCCAUCAAAUUCAAGGGAUGACUGCUAAUGAGAUGAGAGACUGUUUAGAGCAAGGAUGGCCAAAUGUGGAAGUAAUUACAUCUGAAGUGCCUGGCCUUGGGAAGUCAGAAUACGUAGCUUGUAAGGCAGCAGAGAAGAAGAAAAAUGCCAUUGCGUUUGAAGUUGGAGGUCCCUUGACGAAGAUAAGCCUGGUGCAGCAGCUACUUCAGAAAUCUCCUGCUGACUUUCAAGUGCUUCACAUCGAUGUGAGAUCCACCUCGGACGCGAGUCUGGUUGAUUCUUUCAUUUUUGAGCUCCUGGUUGUUGGAAUGGUUGUCGCAGGUACCCAUUUGUGUGAGUUGAAUUGCAAUGAAGUCUUCAUCGAAAUUGCAAACACUCAUAAGCACCACCUCCGUGACUCUCUGAUUAACUGCUGUAACUUCAAAAGGAAACACAUAGAAUGGGACAAUUACAGCAGUUUUCUGGUGAGUCGGGAGGCCAACAGCCCUGUUCAGGUAGUUUGCCACUACUUGAAAGCAGUCAAAGAUGGGACACUUGAUUCAAAGGAAAUAUUUUUUACGGGGUCUUUGAAGGACAAAAUCCUCUCAGAUGAUCAGUGCAGGAAGCUUCUUGUAGACAGUUUCUCACCAACCUCAAAAAUGUCAUUUACCAUCGUGAACAUGUUUCUGAGUGCCCUUGCUACAGAACUGAAGAAAAUGUCAGCUUCUCACUAUUUCACCACUGAAGCUCUCCGGGAUAUGCUGGGGCCAGGUCCACAUGUAGUACGAUCUGAUCUUUUCAAGGCCCUCGAUGCUGUGGCCCGAGAGUUUUCAUCAAGAUCAGUCGAGACCAGUGGGACACAACUGCUGACUGGCAGAGAUGCAGUUCGUGCCUUAAGUGACCAUCAACAGGGUGCCACUGUAACGGCAGAGAAAAUGGUAGAACGGGUAAAAGGCAUGGUUCAGUGGGCAGAUAGUAACCAUCUGAUGGUAAUUUUUAACCAACAAGACACACAGACUUGUUCAACCCUCUAUCGGUUGCUCAGCCAAGUGCCCGACAGUGUCAAAAACUUGUUUGAAAACCAGCUCGACAACAAACUUCCGGACUACCAACUUAUGUCACAAGAUCAACUGCAACAAGUUCUGGAACGAAUAUGCAGAACUACCCGUGAUGAGUUUGACAAGAGCAAUCUCGGCCACUUAAAAACUAUGUAUGCUCUUACCCCUGACAACAUGAUGAAGAUGGUGUUGAUUCAUAUGCGGGUAAAGUCACGAGUCCCCGUGGUCAUCAUGGGUGAAACGGGAUGCGGUAAGACUACCCUCAUCACAUAUCUAGCAAAGAUCUGUGAGGUUCCUUUCUAUGUGCAGAAUUUCCACGCCGGCAUCGGUAAGGACACAAUAACUGAAUUCGUCAAUAAAAUGCAAAAACAUGCUGAGGCUAACCUUGAUCAGCAGAUCUGGUGUUUUCUAGAUGAAAUCAAUACUUGCGAUCACCUUGGAUUACUAAGUGAGAUUAUCUGCCAUCAAAGCUGUCUUGGCAAACAGCUGCCUCACAAUUUGGUAUUCCUUGCAGCCUGCAAUCCAUAUUCACUGCGAACAGGAAAGUUAAGCACGUCAGGGUUAACUGAAAAGCUAGUCUUGGAUGAGCAGUCCAAGUUAGUGUACAGGGUACAUCCCCUUCCAGAGGCCUUGAUGGACUAUGUAUGGGAUUAUGGAGCGCUAAAUGCAAAGGAUGAAGAAGCAUACACGCAAAGGAUGGUCAAUGACGUCAGGGAGGAUUUGAUACCUCUUUUUGUUGACCUGUUGAUAAUGUCGCAAAAUUUCAUCAAGAGUAACAUGGAAAACAGGUACUGUGUGAGCCUUCGUGACAUAAAUCGAUGCAAACACCUAGCAAAAUGGAUGACAGGCAUGCUAAAUGAAAAGGGCCUCGCCAGACUUCAUCCUUCAAACCAAGUCUUCAAAGGAGACUCGUUUAUCAGAGCUAUUGUCCUUGCACUGGCUCACUGCUAUCAUUCAAGGUUGUCAUCAGCUGACGACAGAAAGAAAUACAGAGAAGAAGUGGCCAAGCGCUUUCAAAACAAACAUCACGAUGUCCAUGAAGAACACAUUGAAGAAGUUAUCAAGAACGAACAACUUGAUAUCCUCAACAGAAUGGAGCUUCAAGAGGGUAUAGCCAAGAAUGAGGCACUACGAGAGAAUGUCUUUGUUGUACUUAUUUCCAUCCUGAACAGGAUACCGGUGUUUUUGGUAGGAAAACCCGGUUGUAGCAAGUCACUCUCAAUGCAGCUUAUCCGCAGCAAUCUAAGGGGACCUGAUUCAAGGGAUGCCUUCUUCAAGAAACUGCCUGCCGUCUAUGUUGUUUCCUAUCAAGGAUCUGAAUCAUCAACAUCUGAAGGCAUCAUAAAGGUCUUUGAAAAGGCAAAACGAUACAAAGAGCAUAAUCCAGACAUCAUACCAGUUGUCCUUCUGGAUGAAAUUGGCCUGGCAGAAAAGUCAUCCUUCAAUCCACUCAAGGUCCUCCAUAGCUUGCUGGAACCUAGUACAGGUGACUUUCCUGAGAUGGCUGUAGUUGGUAUAUCUAACUGGGCCCUUGAUGCUGCAAAAAUGAACCGUGCUGUCCACCUGUCCCGGCCCGAACCAAACGAAAAUGAUCUAUUCGAGACAGCAAAGUCGAUUCGAGAUGAAGGCGUGCAGCGUAGAGGCACCAAGACUGAUAGUACGCAUGUAGAUAAAGAUGACCAACAGUUGAAAAAGCUUGCCAAAGCAUACCACGAGUACCAGAAUUGUCAGUCGCAUGCAAACUUUCAUGGUUUGAGAGAUUACUAUUCUCUAAUCAAAAGUGUGGCAAUGCCGACAGGCACACAAGGAGUUCUAAGCUCAUUAGAAAGUGGACUCCGUCGAAACUUUGGAGGCAUUCGAUCUGAUAUGGCAAGUAUCAUGAACAACUUCAUGGAAGCACUGGGUGUAGGGCUUAAUCCCGAGAGAAGUCCAUCAGCUUUGGACCUUAUCAGAGACAAUCUUGAGGACAGACAUGCUCGCCAUCUCAUGCUGAUAACGAGUGGAGACUCUGCCUUGAGCAUCAUUGAAAGAGUUUUGUAUGAGCUGAACAAAAAGCCUAUCAUUCUCCUUGGAAGCAGAUUUGACGAUGACAUAUCUGAAGAAUACAACUACCGCAUCCUGAGCAAGAUCAUCCUGUGCAUGGAAGAAGGCUACAUUCUUGUUCUCCGGGACUUGGAAAAUGUGUACAGCAGCUUGUACGAUAUGCUGAAUCAGAAUUACACUCUUGUGGGGAAGAAACGACACUGCCGUGUGGCACUGGGGGCCCACAGCAAUCCAAUGUGCCAGGUGCACAAGAAUUUUCGUUGCAUUGUCAUCAUUGACCAACAGAAUGUUGACUACUCAGAUCCUCCUCUGUUGAACAGAUUUGAGAAACAGGCACUCACAUUUAUGGAUAUAGUUGACGAUACGCAGAAACGAGCGAUCGACACUCUUCAUAAGUGGGUUGAGGACAUCUCCACAAUUGAAGAAAUGCAGUUUACUCCAGAUCAAGCUUUCUUGGGUUAUCACAGUGAUACCCUUCCCUCUCUUGUAGCUUUUCGCUGCCAACAGAUAAACACCGAGAACAUGGACUUCAGAGACAUUGCAGAUAUCUGCAAGCAGGAUCUCCUGCAAAUAGCGACAGCUGAUGCCAUUCUUAGAGCAUCAAAGUCCCGCUUGGCACUUGAAGCACAAGAUGAGGUACAAUACAUUCAAACGAAUUAUCUUGGGCUUCCUCUGAAUGGUGGACUGAAGUAUUUCCUUCAACAUGCUCUCUUUGACAAAGGCCCUUUUGCAUCAGUCGUGGAUGGUGAGUUCCAAAUGCGUCCAUGUAAAUUAAUAGUGUAUACCUACUGCACUAUCCAUGUUGACCUGGCCUCCUGUGUUGAUGGACUCUUGAAGAUGCACCCUGCAAAACUGAGCCAAUUCAAAUCGGAGAGGCAGUUAACAGAAGCACUUCAACGAUUCAAUGAAAGUGAAGAUGAGAUAUUUGUUCUUCAGUGCAAAACAUCUCUUGAUGCACAACACAUGCUUCUAGCCAAAUGUCAAAUCGACAAGAGUUUAGAGGAGUACACCAAAGCAAAGUCUCCUAAUGGACCAAAGUACGCCUGCAUGAUUGUGCAUGUAGAAAGGGAUCAGAAUGUCGGGGGAAUGACCAUCAACUUUCCGUGGCAGUUCAACUUCUUAUGUGGUUGGCAACAAGUAACACUUGAUUCACUCGAGCAACCAGAGCUUCAGAUCAAGGAAGUCAUCCGGAUGUCCAUCUCUGAUAUCUGUGCCAAGUUGGUUGACAUUGAAUCGGUCAUAAAGGACAAACUUCUGUGGUGUUUCUCUUGCAUCUCAUACAAUCAUCAGUCUCGACCUGUAGAUGAGAUCCUCCAGUUAAUUGGAAGGAUUGUCAAAUGUCCUGAGCUACUUCAAUGCUUCUCCAGAAAAAUCUUAAACGACAUCAAGGAAAAUGUUAUUCAUGAGUUCUGCAUUGUCAAAACAAGCUGGCAGGUUGCUGUUGCAUGUGAACAUGAACUACUGUUUGAGUGCGCCAGUUUUAUCCAUGCUUUGAUUGAGCACGUAAAAAGAAGAAUCAGCAAGCCUCUCUUUAAGAUCGUGUUCUUUCUCGAGGAAAACAAUGCAUGGAGCAGCUUCUUGGACCAAGAGGAGUGUCAAAGCAUCUGGGAAACCAUGAUUAUGAAUCCGUCAGUUUGUGAUGUCCAGUCAGCCUCUCUUCCAGAUCCAAAAGGGGUUGAAUCAUGUAAGGUUGAGUCUCUGCCACCGGCUCUCUAUUUCCCAUUUUUCAAUAAGCUGUACACCAUUGUUGAGAAUCACAUGAUGUGCCUCCGAACAGAAGCAGAGGCAAAACUUGUUGCAGAGCAAUCUCGAAGUAAUUCGAAUGAGAUGACUAGGAAUCUCACAAACAUUUUGAACAACAAACUUCCAGAUGCUAUAACGUAUGAUGUGUCACGGGUUGUUGACGAUGAGUUCUUGCUACAGCACAUCAACUUAUAUCUGGGUGACCUAUGUAAUGUCUUCUCUGGCAUGUAUGCCGGCCUCAUGCCACAAGAGAUGCGUAUCAGUGUUACCAAGCUGCUUGUACAGUAUCAAGUUUCCGGACUGGGUAAGGUUUCUUCAGCAAAGGAAGAGCUCUCGAAAUGGCACAUCGCACUAUUCAUGAAUUCUGAGCUGUUGGCCUCUGAGCUCCAGCUUUUACACAUUUACUAUCAGGCUACUGGUAAUGAUGCCAAGGAGCUUCUUCAGACAGUAACUGAUACCCAUGACGAGGGGGAUGGAGUUGACUUCGUGGGUCUCAAGAAUGCCAUGGUUUCUGAUGGAGAGGGUGACACAUCGGAGGAGUUUGUACAUGCAAAUGACGAAAUUCCAGAUGAACCUGAAUCUGAAACUGAAUCCUUUGUGUCAGCCCUUGAAAGUUACUAUGGGGAAUCAGACGACAGUGCAUCUCUUCAAGAGGAGACCGAUCAAGAAGGCACGUUAAAGUUUCAACUGGUCUCAUCUAUAUGCAAAUCUUUGCUCCCAAACAGAAGUCUUCUGGAAAAAUUCAAAGGUCAGGAAGUAUGGGUUCGAUUUGUCAACAACAUUUUAUUAGCAGCAGCAAGUAUUGAGGUCAGACCCAAGGAACUCCUUUACUUACACCUCUGCAAAGAUUUUGUCAACUUGCUGGCCUUGCCAAGUGGUCUUCCUGAUCAAUAUCUGGCCAGACUUGGUGAGCUGAUUGCUGUCCCCGAGAACGAGAAUGUUUUGGACCGCAAAACCAUUCUAGAUUUCGUAUCAGAGACCAUCAAAUUCAUCCGGCUCGGGGAAAGCAGCAGAAAGCUAGAUACAACCAAACUGCACUUAUUUAUGUCCAAGUAUUUUGGUCGUUGCAUCAGUGCUAAUGCUGGAACUCCCUUAAUGGAGGACAUCUGCAGAUCUCUGGUCACUGAUGAUGAGCGUCUAAUUGAAGGAUCACGGUUGGUGAUGUGGCGUAUCAUAGAAAGUGAAAUUGAUGAUACAGAAGAAGAUACUGUGUACAAGGAAGUUAUUUGUGAGGGCCUGGAUCAGCAUAGACAUUCGGCCAACCUCGUGAUUUUAGACGAACUGCUCCGAACCCAACCAGAUGGGUUCAGUUCUCAUCUUGCAACCCUCUGUUGUGAUUUGAUUGGAGAACUGGGCUUCUGUAACCUAACUAGUCAUACACUUAUGGAAAAUCUGACUGGGACCGUGGCCACAUCUGUCACCGCAAGCCGAGUCGCUGAUACCUCCAAUGAAUGUUCUCUCCAAGCUCUAUGUGCAUUGGCCUUUCUGAACAAGCUGUUUCAUGUUUGUGCAGAGAUUUUCACGGACAGCAGCCGCCCUGAGAACUUUCAUCAAAGUGAUGAGACCAAGCUUUCCCUUAUUAGCGAACUCAGAAGUUUAACCAAGUUCUUAGACAGCAGUGAAAAGCCAAUCGAUGUUCAGAGAUGGAUUUUGAGAUAUAUGUCACGCAAGGACCUCACACUGAGUAACUUGAGAGGAAUUGUGUUUUCUCUCUCCAGUUCAGGGGUGUUCUUCCAAAGGAUCAACUGCAAAAGUCUUUUUGACCCACUCACUGGUUAUAGUCCAGUAAAUUAUUUGGAACUGUACACAGAUGUGAGAAAUGCCUUUGCAGUACUGAAAGAUCAACGUAAUAAAGGCCAGAUGAAGACUGUGAUCUGUAACCUACAGUCCUCCUCAAAACACCGCCUUGCACUUACGGCAGUCCUCAUUGAUUACUGCUUUCUGGUUGCAACAACAAGAGAUCUCAGUGACUCAGAGAAGUCUGAUGCUCAGUGGAUUGUGAAACAAAUUGAAGGCACAAGCCUUCAUAAAACAGCAUGGUAUUACAUCCUGAGAGGUAUUUCAGGGGUGUCGGACUUCAACAGAAAACUACGUCUCUCCAAGAAAUCAGAAAUCCAGGACAUCCAACUGACUUUGGUGCUGACGCAUCUUGCCACUGUCAUACUUGGUCAACUGCAGCCAGGUGAUAAAGAGAGUGCCUUCCAACAGCUGUUUUCAUCAGGAGCUGUAUCCAACAAAGAGAUGUUUUUCCCAGCUGCAGAGAAGCAUCCAACUGAAACCGUAUGCACCAGAACAGCAACAUGCUAUUGUGGUCUUUAUUAUGUACAGGAUAUGCAGCACCAACAGCAGCAGAAGUGUCCCACUUGUGGUGAUGCAAUAUUUAGGACUGCCCUUGGUGAUGAGAAUGGGUCGAGGCAACAGACCCAAGUUCUAAGUGGAUACAAUUAUUCUCCUGUGCGAUCGUUGUGGAAUAAGCUGAUGGAUACCAGGGAAUUGUCAAUCGCAUCACAAUUGGUCAUUGACUUCAUGGUUCAUGGAUGUCUCUACAUUGCAUCUGAAAUCUUCCCUGAUGAAUUCCAAAAGGUCCCCUUUUGUCAGGGUAAUAACGUGGAGGCCAGAUUGGCAGAGCUGUGGUCCAUUUUACCUGUGGUAUUCAGAGCUAACAUCCAAGAUACAUCUGUGUUACUUCACUGCAUCGUGAAAGAGGCAUCCCCGGUCCUGGUAUCUAAAGAGUACACAGGUGCCUCACCUUCUGAAAGAGAUCACCAAGAGAUGCAGAUACACAAUGUAGUUGAGAAGGUGCUUCAAAAUUCAACACGUGCCAAACGGCAAUUUUUGGAAAAUUCAUACAAAGCAUCUGAUAUUUCAGCUGAAUCCAUCUGUCCCAUACUCAAUGAACUGGACAACACCGACAGCAGCACAAGCAAGCUUAUACAGAGAUUGAGUCGUUAUAAACGCGAGCCAUCACUCGAAGACCUCCGAGCAUGUUUCUGUGAUCACAGUAGCCACAAUUCAAGACAUUUUCCCUUCCUCCAUCUUGUGCUCUCUCGACACAGUUGUUUGAAGUAUAUUGUCUUCCUUCCAACCUUACUGAGUUGGAAUUUGCUGGUUAGUAGUUACUUGAGCCAGAAGAGAGCUCCACGGAAAUAUGGUAACAAAUCCAUCAGGACCUUGAUAGAUGCUGAGCCAAAAAUGUCAGAACCUUGGUCAACGUUUAUGACUGCAUUCAAUGAUGUCUGCGCUUCAUGGACUGAACUCACUGGUGAAACCAAUCAUCCAGAUGACAUCACUCUGAAUUCUCAUAUCAAGGAGUGUCUUAUGCCUAAAACAACAGAGCAGAACACUUUGAAACGGAUGAUUAAGGCUUUACAGGAAGCUCAAAACUCAUUCUUGCGGCGGGCACUUGAGAUUGCUGCAACCACAGACUGUCCAGCUAUCAGCUUCCUUGUCAAAGACAGCCAUCUUGCUGCCGUUGCAACAAAACCUCUGAACCAGGUGAGAGAGAAGGACGUCAUUCUUCUCCCAUCUGACAGAUGUCUGUGCUAUCAUGAUGUCAAUACAGAAUACGGUCAUGGAACAGAGAUCUCCUAUGACCUGAACCAUAUUGAGAUGGAUGUGGCUUUAAAUACUGUCCUGAACAAAGUGGUUCUUACCGAUGGGAAUACUUAUGAUGGCUUUAUUUUUGCUGAUGAUUUGUUCUGUUCUGCAGCAACCAUUCUAAAAGAUGUGGCAUUCAAAGUCAGACAAGAAUCUUUGCCAAAGGAUACUGUAAAUUUGGUCAUUCAAGGAGAUAGAAAAAGACAUGGUACCUUUACAAAUGACUUACUUCAAAUGGUAGAAGUGCUGAUGGGACUUCUCAAGAGAACCAGUGGAGAUCCGGAAGCAACUUUGGAAGAUUUUGUCAACAAAUGGAAGUCAAUCAUUUCAACUGAAUCUCUUGACUUGUUAGGAUCUGUCAAACUGAAGCACAUAGUUGCUCUCUACCAGCAGUUGGAGGUUCUCUUGGCAGCGGCUGUCAUACAGACUCUUGGCAGACAACAUCGUGCAAAGCUCCCUCUGAAAUCUCAACAUGAACUUGAAAAAUUUUGUGCAGACAGUCCCCCAGAUGUUGUCACACAAUUCCGGGACAUCCUCAAGAGGUUUGUUUAUCGCUACCUCAGAGCAAGACAGGACUUUCAUCCAAACUGCAAUGAUCGGCUUCCAGAUAUUCUGGGAGGAAUGGUCGGAUAUGACAGCGUGAUCCCUCAUCUUCACAAAGAAACACAACUGUGUCACAUUGUGAGUCUUCUAGAAUUUCUCGACAAGACAAUCAAGCACAAAGAGGAAAAGGCAGUGAAGGGAAAACGUCGUGGAACGAAGAAAGCACACCUAACUGACUCAUACUGAAGGCCAGGUUGCAAAGAUAAUUAUUCUCUCCAAACUCAGAAGAAACUACCAUGCUACACACAGGUGCAGGCUGUGCAAGUGUACCACACCUUCACCUUGGAUUCAUAAUGAUACUGAAAACUGUGUAGUAUGUUACUAAAUGACGCUGCUUUAAAUGAUUUGGCCUUUUCAUUGAAAAGCAGAAACAGUUCCAUUCUGUUGAUGGCUCACUUUAAGAUAAAUAGCAUGGCAACGACAUUUAAGCAGCCAUGUUUUUGCCAAGCUUUCUGUGCUUUGUAGAGUAGUUCACUUUUUAUUUUGUUUAUUUGUUUGUAGCAACAACUUCAUGUAUUGAUGGUUACAGAUUUCUGUACCAUAAUAAGCUUAUUUAGCUAAAGACUACUUUCGGUAUCAGUAAGACAUUUAUUUCCUCUAUAAAUUUUGCCCUUUUUCCUGUAUCAUUCAUGCGAAAAAGUAAACAAUGUAUUGUAGCAAGCUGCAGGGACAUAUACAUAUAUAUACUACACUAGAGAAAACCUAAGGUAAGAAACUUGCCGUCAUCGUAAACAUAUGCAGUACUGUUGACCGCAUAUAUACAGUAUAUAGAACUUCCGUGUGUAAAGUUUUGUGUGAGUAUUUUUUUGACAUACAGUUAAUGGCAACAAAGAUUGACUUUUGAAUUGCUUAAGGGCCAUGCAGAUGAUGGCACAUUAAACAUCCACAGAAUUACAUUUAGUCUUGAUUUUAAGAAUUGGCCAUGACAAACGUCAUGCGUGGCUGAUAUUUUUCGUACGUGUAACUUUCAGUGUAAUUGUAGGAGAUGAUCACAUUCAAUAUCAUGAUAACCACAGCAUAUAACCAAGAAGUCCAAUGGAUGGCUUAUAGCUUGUGGAAGGCUCCACAUUUUUAGCGGUUACUUGUAGUUUUUUGUUUUACAAAUUAAGUAUUGUUAGAUACACCGUCUAUUGGGAGUAAUUUUUGUAGAGCCAUGCAGAUGAUGGCUGGAAGGAACUGAGAAUAAUAUGGCAUUGUUAAGUACUUUUGGGAAAAAGGGGGGGUUCACACACUCCAAACAUGCACCUAAUAUUCUUAAGUAAGUAAAUAACAGAUGAAUUAUGCUUUGAGCAUUUAAUUGCCUUGCGGACGAUGGCUUUAUCCAUGUUGGCUUGAAGUUUCUUUUACGUUAAUAAGGCUGUUUGUACAUUACUGGCCUUCCUUUUUGUCAAGUUCUUUUCAAGCCAUGCAAGUGAUGGCUGCACACAACCCUAGGUGUACAGUAUGUUUCUAAACGGUUUUUAAGCUACUCCAUAAGUAUGAAGCGAGUCAUCCGUUCUACUGUAGAUAUUUAAAAUUUGUGUAUUUAUAAAGUCACCUUCAGUGAUGUUUCUAAUUAGAUGAAUUCUGGGUGUUUUCUCAGCCAUGUUAUAGAUGGCUUUACUCAAACUACCAGGCCUUAGGUGUUAUACGAGACUUUCGAGAGCCAUGCAGAUGAUGGAUUUAUUCUUUCAGUACAUUGUUAACUCUUACAUUGAUAAAGCCAUGUAAAUUUAUUUCAGUGACAUGUUUCUGAUUUCUUCAUUGGCAAUGCGAUUGAUGGGUAUAAUAUAUAGUGUAAUGAGUAUAUGUACCAGCUCAAAGUUGCCGAAUGAGAAUUUCACGAGCCGUUUAUAUUCUGGUUUCAUUCUUUUUGGAUAUAUUUGUCAGCCAUGCAGGUGAUGGCUGUAUUCAACUCUUAAUGUAAUGUUCUGUGAGCAGCUAAAAGCCCUUGGCUGUUUUAUGAGAAUUUUAAGAGCAAUUGAUACCAUGGCUUAAACACCUUGGAUAUUUUUUGGGCCGUGCAGAUGAUUGCUACAUACAUGUAUAUUCAGCUCUUACUGUAAUAUUCUGAAACUAAAAACAGAUCUUUGCAAUGCUAUUUCACGAGAAUUUUAAGAGAAAUGCAUAUUAUGCGUAACAUUCUUGAUAUUUUGUCAGCCAUACCGACUAUGGCUUAUAAGUGAUUAAUUAUUAACUAAUCUUGUGCUCAUAAAGGCAUGCAGAGCAUGGCUGUUUGAAAUAUCAUGGAUGCAGUCAGAGUUGUAUUUUUGGGAUUUUUUGGCAAUGCAGUUGACUGCUAAUUCAUGAAAUCUUAAUUGGUGUCUUGACUUUCAGGUAAAGCACGUGGGAGGCCAUGCAGUUGAUGAGUCCUCUCUUUAUAAAGUAACAGACAUGUCAGAGAAAGUUGGAUUGCAAAACAUGUAUUUUGUUUGGUGAAAAUGGUGAGCCAAGUUGCAACAAUCAAGUCAUGAAGCCAUGCAGUUGAUGGCUUGUUUUUCAAUUCUAAAUUUGUGAUUGUAGCUGUAGUUUGAGGAAAAUAUGAGGCCAUACAGUUGAUGAGCCUUCCCUUUACUUAACUGAUGUACCAAAGAAAUUGUAUCACAAAAUAAACAUUAGUUGUAGCAAUGAAUACAUGAAACAAUUUUCAAGUUGGUAGAACUUUAUGCAUGUCAGUAAACAAUAGACUGUUAUAUAAAAGGUACAUGUAUUCCUGAAAUGGGAUUUCGUAAGGCCACGCAGAUAAUGGCUUUAUUCAGUGCGAUGUGCAUAAUUAUUUUACCUUUGUCAGGCCAUACAAAUGUACAAUGGAAACUAUUUUUCUGGAUUUUUUUUCUUUAGCCAGGCAGAUGAUGGCCGUUUUUACUUAAUAAUUUAUAUUUGUGAUUUAAACUUCAGUUUGAGGAAAAUAUGAGGCCAAGCAGUCGAUGAGUCCUCCUUUUCUCAAGUAAUAGACAUGUGUCUGGAAGUUGCAUCGCAAACAUAACAUAUUAUCUAAGAUGCAAAUUGUAAGCUUAGUUUGGAAACGAAAUGUGUGACAUGUAUACACAUGAAGCAGUUUUCAUGCUGAUCUAUGCCUGCCAUGACAGUUCAGAGAUGUUGUCAUCAUAAAAUGUAUUUCACUUAAUCAGAUUUUGUAAUCGCAAGGCCAUGCAGUUGAUGGCAUUUGUGAUUUGUGACUUCUCUUUAAAGCCAUGCAGUUGAUGGCAUUUGUGAUUUGUGACUUCUCUUUAAAGCCAUGCAGUUGAUGGCAUUUGUGAUUCAUGACUUCUCUUUUUUAAAGCCAUGCAGUUGAUGGCGAGUUUAAUUUUCGUUCUUGUGUUUCCUAAAUAUAUUCCAUUGACAGUUGCCUUUGUACGUUGGGAAUUUAAUUGCUUGUUGUAAGCCAUGCAGUUGAUAUGGCUCGUGUGUCAAACCUUAAAUUGUGAUUGUAAUUUUAAUUUGGGAAAAACCUGGAGCAUGCAGGUGAUGCGUCCAACAAAUUAAUAUGUGAUGCAACAAUAUGUUUGGUUGAUAAUGGUUACAACUUAGUGAUUGCUUAGUGAAAACAAGUGGUGAUGUAAUACAUGUGGUUAACUUGUCAAUACAUGUAAUGUGUUGCCUGGAAAAAAAGUGAAUAACGGGGAAAGAGUAGAAGAAACUUCACCAUGCGGCAUGAUGAUAAACAUCAAACGACAAUAGACGAUUUAACAUGUAGAUCAUUCUUUCCCUAUAAACAUUUGAAAAAGCUGCCUUUGCAAUGUACAUGUACCGGUAUGAUAAACGUAGUGUUUCUUAUUCUAACUGAGUCCACUCAAAAUCUAGAGUUGUAGAGGCCUGAAAAUGCAUUUAGCUGAUAUUCUGGAGCAGUGCAUUUUUAGUUUUUGCACUUCAGAUAGCGUACCACGUUUUCGAGAGUUCGUUGUUCAGCACUGAUAUUUUUGGUUCAAGGACUACGCAUUUAACGCAAUGGAACUCAGUCAAUUUACAUGUAUGUUAUUUGAAGUUUGAUUGGUACAUGUACGUAACUCCUGAUGAUGUGAUUUAGUGAAAUGCAAAUUUGUAAUGAAUGGAAACAAAACAGUUCAGUGGAAAAUCAAAGAAUAAAACACAUGCUAUGUUGAAAAGAGCUCAAA